AUGGGACCGAAUACACUCUACGAAUCAACUGGUGGUCAUGCUAAAUCUAUACGGAUACUCUCUUCAAGCCCUCCCAAUUUAUCUCCAUUGCGCCCUCUCCACCCUCGAAAGGCACAAAUUCCUACAAGCUCCAUUAUUUUUACCCUUGACUUGUCCAGGUCUUUCAAAGGGAAACAGCUGAUUGGCACUGUUGGUAUCUUGAACUAUCCGGGCUUCAAAGAUACUCGCCGCUCUAUUCCGCCCCCAAAGAAACAAUGCUAUGAUACGGUCAAAAUCAACACAAAUGAGCCUCGGUAUGCUUGUCAGGACUGGCUGGAUGACGCUGUGAAAGCUUCAAGACCAGAGGAUUUGAAGUGGGUUUGA